UUGUGUUAUUUUUCUGUAACCCCAGCUCUUCAUCAACAACGAGUGGGUUGACUCCGUGAGCAAGAAAACCUUCCCAACGCUGAACCCCUCUACAGGGGAGGUCAUCUGUGAGGUGGCGGAGGGAGACAAGCCCGAUGUGGACAUUGCAGUGCAGGCAGCGAAGGAGGCGUUUCGCCUGGGCUCCCCCUGGAGAACAAUGGAUGCUUCCCACCGCGGUGUGCUGCUCAACAGGCUGGCAGAUCUCAUGGAACGGGACAGGGAGUACCUGGCAAACCUGGAGACUCUUGACAAUGGGAAGCCUUUCUCAGUGUCUUUUGCCACAGACUUGGCACUCAGCAUCAAGUGCUACAGAUACUAUGCUGGCUGGGCAGGAAAGAACCAUGGCAAGACCAUACCAAUUGAUGGUGACUUCUUCUGCUACACGCGCCAUGAGCCGGUCGGGGUCUGUGGGCAGAUCAUCCCUUGGAACUUCCCCCUCCUCAUGCAGGCGUGGAAACUGGGCCCCGCCCUCUGCACGGGAAACGUCGUGGUGAUGAAACCUGCGGAACAGACGCCGCUCACGGCACUGUACGUGGCUCAGCUCGCUAAGGAGGCCGGCUUCCCCCCAGGGGUGAUCAACAUGAUCCCAGGCUACGGCCCCACCGCAGGGGGAGCCAUCGCAGAGCACCCUGAGAUCGAGAAGGUUGCCUUCACAGGGUCUACUGAGGUUGGAAAGAUUAUCCAGCGAUCUGCUGCCUCCAACCUGAAGAGGGUGACACUUGAGCUGGGAGGGAAAAGCCCCAACGUCGUGUUUGCAGACACUGACUUGGACUAUGCUGUGGAGAAGUCUCACUUUGGGCUGUUCUUCAACAUGGGUCAGUGCUGCUGUGCAGGCAGCAGGAUCUAUGUGGAGGACAAGGUGUACGAUGAGUUUGUCAGGAGGAGCACGGAGAGGGCCAAGAGAAGGACGGUGGGGAACCCCUUUGACCCCAAAAAUGAGCAAGGGCCACAGAUUGAUGAGGAGCAGAUGAACAAGAUCAUAGAGCUGAUUGAGAGCGGUAAGAAGGAGGGCGCGACGCUGAACUGCGGAGGGGACAGGGCGGGAGAUAGGGGGUACUUCAUCCAGCCAACCGUCUUCUCCGACGUACAGGAUGGGAUGAGGAUCAACAACGAGGAGAUUUUUGGACCUGUGCAGCAGAUUGCUCGCUUCAAGGACAUAGACGAGGUUGUGGAGCGUGCCAACACCAACACGUACGGCCUGGCCGCCAGUAUCUUCACAUCUAACAUCGACAAGGCUCUGUACAUGGCAAACUCUCUCCGUGGGGGGACUGUCUGGGUGAACACGUACGAUGUGUUUGAUGCUGCGGCUCCCUUUGGAGGCUUUAAGCAGUCUGGUUCUGGACGUGAGCUGGGAGAGUACGGACUGGAGGCAUACACGGAAGUCAAAACUGUGACCAUCAGGAUUCCGCAGAAGAAUGCUUGAGAUGACGGAGAAUACAACAUGCCACUACUAAACCCCCCGCCUUUGUAGUGGUACAACCCCAAACUACCAUCAGAGCAUUUAUGAU